ACAGUAGGCAAGUAGAUCCAUCUUCCGAAGACAGGAUACAGAGUGGGGGUUCCAUCGGGAGGAAAGACGUCUUCUAAAAUUCAACCACAUAUACAUAACUUAUCUGAACUUGACCUUGCUUGCUCACUAUAAGUAAACAACAAUCUAAACGUCUGACUGCUAUCUUCUACCUACCCAUUUAUCUACCUAUACUCAUAGAACAUCUUCAUCACCAUGUCUGCAUCUGGAAAGACCCUCACCAUCGUGACGGAAGACCGCGUGACCUUCCCCAAAGCUCCCACAUCCUCCUCGCAGGCCUCCGCAAAGGGACGGAGCCUCCUCACCACCACACAACCAGCGGAAGUCUCAUCAAGCUACUUCCCAGAAGCGAGUCCGUCCCCUACAACCUCAACCUCAUCCUCCGAAACCGAGGAAGAAACCCCCACAAUCACACCUAGCACCGCGGCGAAAAUCAGCAACUCAAUGAUCGGCACUAACUACCCAAUCCCACCCUUGGAGCGGGAGUACGCCGCGCCAACGGGCGAACUCGAUGUCGCAGCGCAAUUAGCCAUGAAGCCACUCCCGCGCUCACUACACAGUUCACUCCAGCGCGCAGCUGCCUUACCCGCAUCGCCGGCUGUAGUAGAAGACGGCGAGACGAGAGCGCGCAAGCUAGCGAAUGCUAAGAGGGAGUUACUCGCUCUAGCCGGACAAAUCUAAACCAGCAACUCUACUCAACUUUUCCUACCUACCUAAGGAAGUUACAGGUGUUCAUGGAGGAAAUGGGCAAUUUGAUUAGUUGAUUGGCAGGCAUUAUCUAUCCCCUUUGUAUGCAUUAUACCCAGGGAUCAACGAAACGAAAUCGGGGGGCGUAUCUGGAUACGUCUGCUGUUUCGGACUGUUUUAGACGGCGUAUUUUUUUGCGUUACAUACCCGGACAGUGGGGAUUUCACAUAUUUGUAUGUCGCUGGGAAUCUGGGUUAUCCUGGAAAUUUCAUGCAUUUUACGGGCAAUUUGUUGUGUCUUUUGCUACGUAGACAGUUUUAAUAAAUUAACGGUUUACGGGUGAUUUUCGCAGUU